UGUUGUUUACUACAGGAUGAGCAAUAUCACAUCUCCUCCUGAGCAUUGUGAAAGACUUCUGGGGACACGUGUCCUGGUGGCUGCUGCGUACUCUGUGUAUUCGGUGUCUGGGACUUUGGCCAAUGUUCUGGUUAUCUACCUGGUCUGCUCGUUCAAGAAACUCAAGACAACUAGUAACGCGUUCAUUGUGAAUGGCUGCGUUUCUGAUCUUCUCGUCUGCGCAUUUUGGAUGCCUCAAGAAGCCAUAUUAAUUUCCACUGGUCGCCUGGAAAACCCUACUUACAGGGUAUUCAUGGAGGGGGUCUUUUUCCUUUGGAUGACAGUCUCCCUAUUAUCCCAUUCUCUCAUUGCAUUAAACCGUUUCGUGCUCAUCACCAAACUGCCAACAGUAUACCAUACGGUGUAUCAGAAGAGGAACACUGAGUGGAUGAUUGCCAUGGCGUGGGUAAUGCCUCUUGCAUUUUUACUUCCUUGGCUCUUUGGACAACGGUCUUAUGAAGUAAACCUUCAAUGCCCAAAACUUAGACUUUAUGUGUUUUGGGGCCAUGAGGUCCCAGCUUCCAGUUCGUACACUGCUAUCCUUUCUGCCGUCACAGUUUUAAGCCAAACAAUAAUCCUUUUUCAUUGUUACUUUCGCAUUUUCAGAAAAGUGCAGGUCAGCCUGAAGAGAGUGAGCGUUCUCAACUUCCAGGUGGUCCACAACCUGCCCUGCUCGUGCCCUCGUAAGGACAAACGCUUGGGUUUAUACGUGCUGAUUGUCUGUUGUGUUUUCACUGUGACCACAGAGCCCUUUGCAUGGUCAGUCAUCUAUGGCUUGUUCCAACCAUUACCGGGAAGUGUGGAGAUAGGCAGUUGGCUGUUGCUUUGUCUUCUGUUUGUGCUUAACCCCUUCAUCUACACCUGGAAAAAUGAAGAGUUUAGACGGUCCUUUCGAGCUGUAGUCGGGGGAGAGCUCUGGAAAAGCUCUGGAAACAGUGCUGAUCCUGGAGUACAAACAAUUUCCCAAAAUGAGUCCUAAGGUGUGCUUCAUGCAUGGUUGUACUGAUGUGCAUCUCAUCCUUUGGGACAAAUACAACACAGAAUCUCAGUAGAGCUUCUGAUUCACAAAUCGAAGCUUGUUCUUGACUAUGUACGGCUUCUGUUCUCCUCACUUUUGUAUUGAUGGUUUCUAUGGAAACGUACUGCAUUCAUCCCCUCUAAGCGCCAUGGGCCAGUGUAAAUUAGCCCUCGGUGGGCAACACAGAUUGAAAUUCUCACGGGGUAAUAUGUAUUAUUUGCAGGAGCUGUGGGUGAAGAAUUUCUGAGAAAAAAGCAUUCCACUUCAGUAAACAGACUGUUUAUUAAUUUUGCCAAAAGAAAAAAAAUGAGCUUCACAAUAUGUGAGUUUUUUUUUUUAUAGAGCCAGCAUUAAAAAUCACAGAGAAUUAGAAUGUCUGUGUGACAGGAACAGACAGCAUGAGAGAUACAUUCUGUAGGAAGAUCAAUUCUUCUGACUGAAAUGUUCUAAUAAAAAACAUUGAAGAUAUUGCUGUGGAAAUAUUGAAUAGUGGACAAUAUCUGGAAAAAGAUGUCCAUUCUAUACCACCUAAACAUGCCUUAAAGGGGUUAUCCAACCGCUAUAAUGACCCCCCCAAUGACCGGGCCCCUCAUAUACAUUAUACUUACCUGCUCCCCGACACCUGCGUUGCUCUGGACGACCGCCACUGCAUCUCUCUAAUUUCACCCGGAGAUGCAGUGGCAGCCGUGCAGGGACCCGGAGGGUCGAAGGUGCUGGAGAUCAGGUAAGUAUAAUGUAUACGAGGGGCCCGGGCAUUAAAGGGGUUGGAUAACCCCUUUAAGAUUUGGUGCAUCUGGAAAAUGCAACAUACAUAAUCUACUGAUGUGAACAGAUGCUUACCCAUGCUUUCUGAUAGCUUCUUAGAACUAAACACAAAAGAGCAGUAUUGGAGUUGUCCGAGUUAUGAAAAUAAAAAAUAUAUAGCACUGUAAAUCUGAUGGG